CACAGCUCACUCUGAAGGUAUAACUCUAGGGAUACGCAGUCUCAUACAGUUCAAAAGAAACGGCUUUAAAAACAGGGGUGUUUGUUCUAAAGAGAGCAAAGGGGGGGGACGAAAAAGAGCUGAUCGAGUUCAAACGAUUCCUCUGCUGAUGGCGUCUGGUCUAACUUUGGGAGUCCUGUGUUUUGCGGGGUUCUUGAUCAAUCUUUGCUACACCACGUCGAUAUAUUUCCCACAUGCCCUACAUGUCCCACAUGCCUCAUAUGUGAUAAACAACGGGCUCACACAAAAUGGACAACACGUCUGCGAGGCGAGCGUCUCCCGCACAGUAACACAUUCAAUCAAAGUACAAACGCAAAAGUAUACUACGACAUACACCAGAUGUGGCCUAUUCCUCUGGUGGCGCUGUAAGAGAGUCAAGCCAAUUACACGGACGUAUUACAAAGUAGCAACAAAAACCGAAUAUGGUGUCAGUCUGCACUGCUGUGACGGAUGGAGUAAGACUGGAAGUGACUGUAGAACACCAUGGUGCGGCCAAGGGUGUAACCAUGGCGGAAUUUGUAAGGGAGGACAUGUCUGUUCCUGUACGUCUGGUUGGCAGGGAAACUCGUGCAGCGAUGAUGUCGACGAAUGUAGCAACACACCAUGCCAACAGAUAUGCAGUAACAUACCUGGGUCUUACGCCUGCGGAUGUUACAAAGGCUACCAAAAGAACCCAAACUACCACAGCAAGUGCGACGAUUUUGACGAGUGUGCGAUGUCACCGUGCCGCUGCGCCAAUCAGAAUAACUUCGGAUGUAACGCAACAUGCAUCAAUACAGCUGGUAGCUUUGUGUGCAAAUGCAGCAAAGGCUACACGCUGAUUAGAGGGACCAUUUGCCAAGACAUCGAUGAGUGUCUAUCUACAAGCACCAAUACAUGUCCAGGGAGGUGUAUCAAUCGUCUCGGUAGCUACACCUGCGACUGCCCUCGGGGAUACACUUUUGAUAACAGCAGCCGUAGAUGCAUCGAUAUCAACGAGUGUGAGCGCAACAACGGCUGGUGUGAACAUGACUGCAUCAACAUUCUCGGGACAUAUCGCUGUCGCUGCCGCGAUGGAUACAAACUUGACCCCAACAGACGAACAUGUCAAGAUUUGGAUGAGUGCGCGUUGUUCAAUGGCUGUGAAGCGAUCUGUAAUAAUACACAAGGGAGCUACCACUGCGCAUGCUUGAACGGCUAUCAGCUGAAUUCGGACGGCUUAACUUGCUCAGACCUCGACGAGUGCUCAAUCCAACACGUUAGCGGAUUACGUGGCAACGCCUCAUUGGCUGACUGCGAGCAGGUCUGCGUGAAUGUGAUUGGCUCGUUCACAUGCGCCUGUAAACGAGGAUUCAUCCUGAGGCAUGAUGGGAAGACAUGUGAAGAUAUCGACGAGUGCGAUACUGGGCUACACAAGUGUGAACAUCAGUGCAAUAACACGUUCGGAUCCUACAGCUGUUCCUGCUCGCCUGGCUUCGCUCUCGCAGACGACAAGAAAUCCUGCAAAGGACUUCCCUGUGUGUCGAUUGAAGCGCCUUCUCAUGGCUCCAUGAAAUGUAGCGGUCAUGUGACUGGCGCUAAUUGUUCCUUCUACUGCUCCGCUGGCUAUGAGAUUGCAGGCUCAGCAUCAAGGCAGUGUCUCUCUAAUUCACAGUGGAGCGGGGCGAGGGCGACGUGCAACGCCAUGAGUUGUCAAAUUCUUAGACCUUCGCCACACACCUUCGUCACCAUGCCGUGUCCCAGAUCCUUGGGGUCCCUGUGCAAUUUCGAAUGUGAAGAUGGUUACUAUGUAGAGGGUGCAGCUAACGCGACGUGCAGCGUGGACGACAUUACCGGAGGAGUGAAGUGGCGGACCUCCUCAUUCACUUGCACCGAAUCUACGUCGUGUCACCCCAAUCCAUGUCUUCAUGGCGGUACAUGUGUGACCUCUGGACUUGCUGAGCAACGCUGUGAGUGCGAGGAGACUGGAUACGAGGGGAAGCUUUGCGAAAAGGGUCGGCUCAGGAUUCCUGUGUUCCCCAAAUUGGAAGUAAACAAACAGUCACGUGUAUUGCACGUGUCUUCGCCGCCAGUACGUGAGCUACGCAUUAACAUGAGCUCACCCUCCGGUGACCUUAACAUACUACCCAAUGUCACAGUCAUCACGAGUAAAGCACUUGACGCCAACUUCACUGUCACUGCCAGACGGCCAGGGCUGCACGUGAUCUCAUACCAUGUGACCGGAAGUGACUCAGAUAGUUUUACUACCCCGGAUGAUAGCCUAGUUUACGUGAACCCGGAUAUGAGCAGCAACUUAAGCGUGUAUGACGUCACUCACACGAAUAAACGAAGCUUUCCGAUUGGAUGCCAUCAACUUCAAGAAAGUGCAUUCGUAUGCAAUGCGCAAGCCAAACUGGUGGCUACCGCGGAGUGGAAGAUGGAUGACGAUACAGGACAUUACGUAACACAAGGUAUUGUGCACAUGCGCACACACAACACCUCGGUACCAGUCUCUCUCACAGGGUUUGACCUUGGUAACCUGGCCAGAAAGAGUAAGGAGCACAUAACAUACAUCCGGGACAUGCCAAAAAGCCUGCCCGACACACUAACCUUGCGUCACCAUGACAACUGCACCAAGGUACCCAUGAAGCCAGAAUAUUUAAUGCAACUCAUUAGUGACGACGUGUUACCGCUGCACUAUCUCGGCUCGGUAUCACAGGCGCUACCGGCCUGGUUGAAUCUAGAGAUGGACACGAACACAGGCUUUGACGUCAGAAAUCUGAUGAUUGACGUUAAUCACGCGACAGGGGUUUGCUCCGGGUUGCCAUUAGCAACAGCAGCCACGUAUUACCGACCCAGGGUCGGGUUUAAAGUACAAGUUGACGAUGAGAAUGCGCGGUUCACUGCUAAAGAUGGCGUGUGCUUUGCACAUGAUGUCUGCAAAGGGGGAGCUUUCGUCAAAUUCGCCAAAGACUCACAAGAAAAGCUGAGUGGACUUGACAUCUUGAGACAGAUGGAGUCAGUGGGCUGGAAGACGCGCCUUGCCGCGAUUGGCGUGACCCGGUCAGCAAUGACGUCACAACAAUCGCUUUUUGUCAAGGCUGCUGUGAACGCCCAGCUCCAGAGUAAUGAUGGGAAGGCACUCCGUGUCACUAUGGAGACGGAAGGGGAUUGGAUGGUAACGUCAGGGUGUUUUGACAAGUUACUAAACCGUCGCUUUUCCUGCCCAAUUAACGGUACUAUGACUGGCAAAACUACGUUGACCGCAUCUAUGCAGAUAGCAGGCGCAUCACCAGGAAAUAGGAGUGUAAUAAAGAUUACUGGAAACAAUGUGACAGGGUCGUUUUCUCUCGGAGGGAAAACCACUAACAAGAUAUCGAAGCAAUGUGAGCGCAUAAAAGGUUUCAAGUUUGUUCUUAAGGCUACAGAAAAUCCCUUUAAAACAGCUGCUGAGCUUCGAGAUUCUGUCAUACCUUAUGUUAACCUCCCAGUGAGCGUCGACCUGCAGUAUGACAUCACAGGAGGAGAGAGGACUGGGCUGAUUGGUACUUCAGACGCCCGCACCAAAAUUGGUGGUCUUAAAGGACAGAUCGAGUUUUGGUUCAAAAUGAUUUUAACGACUGUUUCUGGCAUGAUUUUGCCCUCUGCGCCGCAACUCAGAUCAAAUUAUGGUGAAUGGAUAAACACUUACACGUCUGUCCUUCAGUGUGUAACCAAUGCAUCGACAAUAGUCAAUUCAUACAGCGGGCUUGAAAGCCAGAUAGAUGGAGUAAUAUCUUCGAUAAAAAAGAUGCAGAUUGGAAUAUCUAACUUGUUAGAGCUGUCAGCUGAAAUGAGAAGAGAGCUUUCUAGAAUCCCAAUAGCAAUGGGUAUUAUCAAUCAACUGAAUGCGUUUGAUCAAAUUGUGAAUGCAUCCCGGACGAUUGGGAUUACUUUGGUUCGUUCACCAGUCCGCCAGCGUCUUACAGGCCUCGUUCUUAAUCUGACUGCGCAGGUUUGUCGCGCACGUCUGUGUCUCCGAGGGGUCGAGGCAUCUGUGGACUUUAAUACCGGGUCAUGUGACUUAUCAGACAGCUUUAUCCCUCACCACAGGAAACCCAACUGUUCAGCGUGGGUAUUGGGCCAAGUAAAGGAUGAGUUAACUCUUAGUCACGUGAUUACCAUGACACCAGGGGAUCGUCUCUAUGUGAACAGCAUCUCGGGAGCAGCAAGAAUACAGGGCACAGUGCGCAUGCUUGGAAUCCAGCAAAGUGCAUUAAUUGACAUAUCACCAUCCGGGACCUUGAGCUUUAGUAUAAAGGGACGAUUGGAUGGUCAGUUUCAGUGCACGUUGGAUGCACGUGCUAAUGCUGACGUAGGUGAUUGGCCUGCACUUCUGUAUCACGUCAGUGGACGGCUUGACGACCAAUCGGAGCUCGUUCAGCGUCUGCAAGAUGACGUCAAUAGCUAUGUAGAGAGCAUGCGCGAGAAGGCACAGAAAAGACUCAACGGCUCAGAACAAGCUCUGGCCUCGGCACAACAACGCAUGCUCGUCAUAGAAAACCUUCACAGAGAUAGAACGGCUGACAUAAAACGCGUAAAACGCUGGCGCAGACUGAAUGAGACCGAGCUUCUGAGAAUCCGCGAUAAGUAUUCACAAGCGAAGGAAGAUUUCAACCAAGCUUUAGCCGGUUAUAACCAUACGCGAUCAAGCUUGUACUCAUGUGAGCUAUCCAAGUGCGGAUAUGUCUGCAACAAGACGUGCGUCCCUGACAUAUGCUGGAGCCCUGUGGUGAUAUCUUACGUCAAGCAAAACUGUCACGCCAAAGACAUCAAGAUUAAUGUAACGCGACCUAAGCAGAUGUCCGAGAAAAGGGAAUACUACACUCAAACAAAAAUUAAGAUUAUCUCAGAAUCAUGUAAGUCAUGGGAAGCAGCUUUCAGUGAGGGUCUCUUUUGGCCUUUCUAUCAACCAAUUGGACGAAAACGCAGAAGCUCGGAGACGCCAGGGAAUGAUAAAGAAACACGCAUCGUGCACGCCAGAGACAUCGGCCACUCUAUCUCUCGAUCACCUCGAUCUGUCAACAAACGCUCAACUUCCGAACACAAGGACAUUAAUGAAAUUCUAAAGCGACAAGUUCCCGCACUUGAUAAGAAGUUUGACAUUAACUACAUUUUACGUAAAAACAUCGCCAACAUAAGUAAGACUUUUGAUUUGACGCGCGCACUUCACGAGUACACGCGAGUCCUUGACACCUUUAACGUAAACCACGUGAUGAGAAAGGCGUUUCCUGGGUUACGUGAGGACUAUGACGUCAAUAGGGAUUUGAUGGAAGCUAUUCCCGCACUGAAAAUAAGCUUUGACCUGGAUGCGCUACUCAGGGACUCGGUGCAAAGAUGUCGACACACAGGGAGACCGGUACGUGUUGAUGAUGCACUCAAGAGUGCGUUUCCUGAAAGACGCGUAACCAGCAUUGAUAAAAUCAUAAGUCAGCGGUUUCCCGCCCUGCGCAUGUCCAUCUCCUAUCUUAUCAAUCAACACUUGCAUGACAUGUCGUCAUUCAGCCUCGACCAAUUAGCACUUAGAAACUUCGACGUCAGCAAAGUCGUUGGUCAGGCUCUGGGUGGGCUCGAUAGCAGCUUGGAUAUAAACGCACGGUUAAAGAAGAAUCUGAGAGGACUGGGACCAGAUUUCGACCUCAGUCACGAGAUAAUGUCACGUGUCACCCGGCCACGUGAUAUCGACAGGCUUGACGUGAUGCAAGUAAUCAAAGACAAGACUGCGCAAGCGCAUGAGAUGUGUUUUGAGAACCUGACGCGAUUGCUCAUACCGAAAGUCGCGCAAGGCUUUGAUCUUGAACAACUAAUCAAAACGGGUCUACGUAAAGCUGUCCACGUGACCAUCAACGAGUCAAUGCUUGCAAACCUUAGCGUGGAUUCCAUUUUGAGGAAAGCAGUUCCUAUCAAACUCAACGUGACGAUAAACCAGAUCAUACUUGAGGCGCACCCCGAGCUCAGCACCCCCCUGGACCUGACUGAACUACUGAAGGGAUCUGUCCCGCUUUUAAAGAUGUUCGGGGGGAGUAUAGACAUUAACAGCCUCAUCAAAGGCUCGUCGCCGAAGUGGUACGAUCUAAGUCUUGAUAUCGACAAAAGUCUGAAGGCAAGGAACCCAGCGCUACGAGGGAGCCUGAGUAUAAGCAGUCUGUUGAGUAACGCAAUCCGUCACGCUGUCACGCCAGGUGUCGAUGACGUAGUAUGUCACGCUAUCACGCAAGCUGUAGACAAGUCGCUAAGCAUCCAGCGUGUCAUCGAAAGCAAAGUCCCGCUGCUGACAAAACAGAAAUUAGACGAAGCAAUCUUCAUUGCCCUUGAAAGAUUUAGAGAUGACAAAACACAGAAGGAUUUAAAAGGUUUAUCAGCGAGAAAGAGGAAUAAAAGAUUUUUGUUUUCGGUUAUAUCUGGGAUUAUCAAUGGGUUUGCAAGCUCCGGGUGUAAACAAAGUACACACGAGUGGGAUGGUCCAACCAAGAAACUUAGCUACACGCGCCUAUUCUCAAUCAUGGAAGUCAUCCAGGAAGCUGCAAAGGUAUUCGUGUGUAAGAACGGAAGUACGGUAAAUCAGAAAACUAAAGGCUUCGAGAACCCAACCCCGUGUUGCAGGGAGGACAUAAAAUGUGUAAAGUUCUUGGAACCUGAGUGCGUAGUUGAGAACGAGGCGUGCAUCAAGUGGCAGAAGAAUAAAUUUGAGCGCGAGUGGAAACAGAUGAAUGGAAGUCUAUUUCUUGAGUAUAUAGAGCUCACAAAACAAAGCUCAGCAGUUGACCAAAAGGUCGUGGAGCUCGACAAUUUGAAAUUACAAGAAAAGAUGCUUUCUACUGAAUUGACAAUACUUGAGGCAAAAAGGCGACAGACGCGGGCACAGAUGAAAACCAUGAAAACAUCUCUCGCGAGAAUGCAACAGAUCCCAGAUGUUAGGACUGGACUUAGGCUGGGUAAACUAACACAGAGUUCGCCUGGACUUCCUCCGGUGAGGGUGCAUUCCAUGUCGUUUGACCUCACCACGGGCAUUGGAACAAGCCGAAGGUUCCUUGCAAAUGUUCAGCUCCAAACAUCUAAACGAAAUUCAAGUGGGAAUUUUGUGCUUGAACUUGAUGCUCUCAAUUCUUCGAUAAGUAUAGCGACGCCGAUCAUUAUACGUGAGGCACUCGGAGAAACCCGUAGAAAACGUUCACUCGUAGACACACCCGAAGCUAACGAGGACAAAGCACAGCACCAGGUGCCCGACGCAGAAAAGUGCCAGUUUGCUCUAAACGCAAGUCUGUUCUUCUUUGAAGUCAUAAAUUCGCUAUCUUCUGUCGUUAACUCAACUUUGGAGAUAGAGAAAGGAUUAGAAACGGAAUUCGAAUCAUUUGACAGUCUCCAUACCUACCUAGAGAGCACUAAUUCCUCGGCGGUAAAGGCGUACCAAGACAUGAUGUCCCAGUACAAGGACCAGCGACUUGAGCAUGCGCAGUUGCUCUCAUGGAACGAGACCUUCGCUAUGUGGAAGGCCUAUACCGAGAUGUUAACGGAGGCACGUGGCUUCAAGGCAUGCGCAGGUACCGCUGACUGCAUAACCGCGGUCGCAAGUGAGCUAAUGGAAAUCUACAGCAUGUACAAUAAUGACAAAGACGUCAAUAAGGUGAUAAGCUUGAUUCCCGAGGUUGAGAGAGGACUGGGCUCUAUCAUAACCAGCAACAUGUCUCUGUCUGACGUCCGAGAGACACUUGGUCAGCUUGAGGUCCUUCUCAACAGCAGCAUGGACUCGAGGCUGAUCUGUGCAGAUAAACCGAGACUCUUCAACCAGACGAUUUCACGAUGGACUGUGGAGGAGGGAGAACACGUGGUGUUGGGCUGUGAGGCGCAGAGCGUAACCAAGGUCAUCUACACGUGGCGAAGGGGCGAUGAAGUUGUGCAGAAAGCUGACCACGGAACACUAGAACUUCCAUCCAUCAAGAGAUCUGAGGCCGGUAUGUACACAUGCGAAGCAGCGAACCACAAAGGGUCAGCGGAAUAUCACUAUGAAAUCAUUAUCGAAUACAAGCCUGAGCUCUUAGAGGAGCCAAUCAGCUUCAAGCUUGCCUUAUAUGGUGGUAAAGGCGCUACGUUCUCAUGUCUGGCCACAGGCAACCCUCAACCCCGGGUGGAAUGGUAUUACAGGCCGCUGUAUUCCAAGCUGUCAUUCAAACUACCUGAUAACGACAGCCGGCUGGUCUAUAUAGAGCCUGAUGACGUCAUGAGGUCGGGAUUCUAUUACUGUGUGGCCAGCAAUAGCCGCGGUAGAGUCGUCAGUGAAGAGGGGAGGCUGGAUAUCUUACGGAGCAGGGGGGCAGUUCCCCGUAUGGCCGUGGUCUUUAACGUCACUGCUUGUGCCCAAGAUGAGGAAUGUAACCAUACCCUUCCCUCAAAACUUGGUGCAGCUGACAUCCACACCUUAAAGAGCAACAUUAGUUCCACCACAGGUGUCCUUACCACCCAAGUCAAUAACCUCAAAUUUGCCCGAAUCACCGAUCAGCGAGCAUCUAUUUUCUUUGCCCUUACUGGGCAGGAAGCUGAGGGAGACGCCGAAUCUGCGGAAGAGAUAUUGACAAGCUUCUCGAUGCAGAGAUUAAAUCUAGUAGAGAGAGUACAGCGCCUGCGCAGGCGCAUGUCAAACGGCUCAUUCACGCAAGAUAUGAAGAGCUUGGGACUCAGGCCACUUCCAGACACACUACUUGUUUUUCAUGGGCAGCCUCUUUGUGAACAUGGUUGGUUUUUACAUAAAAAUGGCUUCCUUUGUGUUGUGUGUCCUCGAGGGAUGUACGGGAAUUCAAAGGGCGAAUGUUCACCCUGUCCCACCGCCACUUACCAAAACCAAUCUGGCCAAGCUAGCUGCGUCCAUUGCCCACCAGGCACAUACCAGAACAAGUCUGGGCAGGAAGCUUGUAACCAGUGCCCCCCUGGUACCUAUGGAAAGUCCGAUGGCAUGUGUACACUUUGUCCAACAAACACUUACCAAAACAAAUCUGGCCAAGCCAGCUGUAUUUAUUGCCCUAAUGGUACACACCAAAACCAGUCUGGCCAGGAAGGAUGUGUCGAGUGCCCGCCUGGAAGUUAUUGGAAACCCGAUGGCAUGUGUGCCCUUUGUCAAAAAGGCACUUAUCAAAAUCAGUCUGGUCAGACGACGUGUAUCCAGUGUGCUGCAGGACUGGUGACGCAAAACACAGGGACAACGCACAUGAAUGGUUGCAUCGCAACAGGUGCCAAACCACCCCCCGCACCUUUGGGCCUUAUCACAACUGUAAUUUCCCCGUCAUCGGUAAACCUUAUAUGGUUCUCAUCUUCCGCGGCCAAAGUCACGCAUUACAACAUCAAAUACAUCUCCAGCAUCCUGUCUGGUCAGCUAACUGUAUCGGCAAACGGUUUUGGCUAUCAGACCUAUAUGCUGAAGGGGCUCACAGGUCUCACAUAUUACACCGUGCAGCUGUACUCAGUGAAUAGCGGUGUCGUAGGAGGGUACAUUUCAAAGUCUUUCAAGACACCUGAAGGAGUCCCAGGCGCUGCCCCCGUUAUAACAGCCACCGCACCUGUCAACCCUACAGCUGUUAACGUUACCUGGCGACGGGUACCCCCACGGUACCAGAAUGGUAACAUCCGGGGAUACAUGGUGUACUACAAGAAGAGCACAGAAUCCCAGUACCACAGCAAGACUGUCAAUGACGCCAACUGCCUCAGUACAGUACUCGCUGGCCUGGGGACUGGAUCGGACUACUGCAUCAAAAUAACCGCCUUCACGAGUGUUGGACCGUUUGGAGGCUGGGACCAAGUGCAGUGCACGAUGGUGCAGCCGAUGUGAGACUGUGGCGAGCUCAGGAAGUUGCAGAAACCCGAAGAACAUAUAGUGGUAUAGAGUUAACACCAAGAGUUUGUAGUGUUAGGGGUUAUCAUAGUACAGUUAUCCA